UCGGUCUUGCCCCAACAGCUUCCACGUCCUCCACCGCCUCGCACACGCCCGCAUCUUACGUACCCCCAUCGCGACAAGUCCGCUAGGGUACCCGUCUCCCUCAGUGCCUAAAAGUCUGGGCGGCUGACUGCUGGACGCCCACUGCCAGUUCUCGCGGCGUCGCUUCGAACCCGAACCAUCGCAGCACCCAACCGCAUCCGCCGCCCUCGGCACCUGCCCCCCGAGUUUCGACAUGGUCGGAGUACCGCGAGCGAAUGCUUGUCAUGACUGCAAGCGUAGAAAGAUCAAGUGUGAUGGGGAAAACCCUUGUCAGAAGUGCACCAAGUCGGGGCGGGUUUGCACGGGAUUCAAGCGCCCACAUGCCUUUAUCCUGUCCAAGGAGAUGAAAUUUGACGAAUCUCCAACGCUCGAUGACGGACUACAGACUGACGAAUCCGGCUCGGGUGUUGUCCUGGUGUCGAGAUGGAGACGCAAGCCAUCAACCCCGCCACAAAAAGACAGGGCACCGUCCCCGCGGGAGACGGCCCUCGCCAAGCCGCUGGCCGCUGCAACCCUGCCCCAGCAAAUCUGCAGCCGCAGCGCCUUCAGGGACAAGUUCUUCUCCAUGUUUGCCGAGAGCCGCCUCCCGGCCAGCAACGCACUCGCCGACCGCAGCGAUUGGGUCACUCAGGUCAUCUCCCUCCCCGACCUCGCCCCGGCACUCGAAGACACCUUACUGGCCGUCUGCACAGCGCGGCUGGGACGACGUUCCCACCCCACGCUUAUCCACGAGAGUCUGCGGCUUUACACAAAGGGCCUGUCGGGCAUGCGGCGAGAUCUGGCCCGCAACCGCUCGGCGGGCUGGUCCGAGCAAAGUCUAGCCACCUGCCUUGCGCUACUCAUGUACGAGGUAGUGGAGUGCCCAGGAGGCACACCGGAUGGCUAUUUGUCGCAUUACAACGCCACGAUGCACAUUCUCCACACGCGAGGAGCCAGUGCUCACACUUCGGGCCUGGGGCACAGCGUCUUCCAGAUUCUUCGGAUACACAUCAUGUUCCAGGGACUUGUCCAGUCCGAGAAGACCUUUCUGGCGCUGCCCGAGUGGCGAGACAUCCCGUGGUCCGCGGCGCCGGGCAGCAAGGCCCCCUUCGACACCCUGCUCGACAUACUACUCGACAUCCCCGAACUGUCUGCCCAGCGCGAGGGCCUCCAGCACGUCAGAAACCCCCGCCUAUUUCUGGCCACCGCCGUCGGCACCAUACGCCAAGGCUACAUGAUCGAGGGCGCCCUGGACGAGUGGUUCAUUCGAUUCAAGGCCACUGUUCCUGGCGCGCUCUACCACCCUGAGCUCUCCAAGAUUGACAGUCUGGUCGACAACCCAGACUCGGGUAAGCUGUUCCCCGUGGCAUUCCGCUUUCCUGCCUUUGUCAUCGGCCAGAACGUCCUAUAUUCUUGGGUGGCGAAGCUCACGCUUCACGCUCACCUUUGCUUCACGUACGCGAUUCUCGAGCGAUCGCUGGGUAUCCUCGACGCCCUAGGCAGGAGCAACUUCUCAUGCACCUGCGACGCCGGCGCGGAGCCCCUCUGUUUACGGCACUUUGCCAUGGAUCUGCUACCCCCGCUUGGCCGCAGGAGCCAGUGGCCCCGCGAAACGGCGUACAACAUCUGCCAGUCGGUCGAGUACUUUAUGGGGAACCCGGUGCGGGCGCUCAGCCCUGCGAGCGUGCUGCCUGCCCUCGCGGUGGUCAAAGGCUUCUGGAAGCAUGCGCCCGGCGACUGGAGUCGCGAGAUUUCGUGGAUUGACUCCAGGUUGGAAAUUAUACGCGCAAGUGACACUGAGAUCGCCGUCGCGUUUGGGUAACUCAGAAAGUUAAGAGGUAGCGCAGUCACACAAUAGCAGUGCGGCUUUUCAAUUCCAUUCUAAUUUGCGCUAAUCCAAACUUGGAUGCCAAGGUAAGGUUCAGCCGCAAGCCGUCCAACGGCUCG